AUGUCUAAACAACCAAUAAAGACAGCUAGUAAGAAGGCAGCUAAUAUGAUGACAGCUAGUAAGAAGGCAGCUAAUAUGAUGACAGCUAGUAAGAAGGCAGCUAAUAUGAUGACAGCUAGUAAGAAGGCAGCUAAUAUGAUGACAGCUAAUAUGAAGGCAGCUAACAUGAUGACAGCUAAUAUGAAGGCAGCUAAUAUGAAGGCAGCUAAUAUGAAGGCAGCUAAUAUGAAGGCAGCUAGUCAGAAGGCAGUUAGUCAGAAGGCAGCUAAUACGAAGGCAGCUAGUCAGAAGGAAGCUAGUCAGAAGGCAGCUAGUAAGGUGACAGCUAAUAAGACGGCAGCUAAUAAGAGGGCAGCUUAUUAG